AAGAUCGUGAUCGAAGAACAUUGCAAUUUCUCAUACAGACGAAGACGGUACUUUUUAAUUUCGUUCGUAAAAACAGCUGAAUAUUGGAAGGGGAAAUUAUAAAACUACGGAAAUUUAUAGUAGUAAAGCAAUAGCAAAAACCGCAAUAUCAAAUAACGUGGAGGUCUACAAAGUGUGUAAGAGUUUAUAAAAUGAUAUCGGUGUUUGGGAGCUCGGCACAAAAUGGAUACAGAGUUAUCUGAAACGAAUCUUUCCUGUCUGUUAUGCGAGAACACUUUUGACACCAGUGAAAAACUAGAGGAGCAUCUUUCCAUUCACUUUCCAGACCCAGUGGCCAAGAGAAAAAUCUGCGAUCUCUGUGGACGUGGCGUGCGAUCAUCGUUGGAGCUACACCAGCAUUACAAAAGAUUCCAUGAGGCUCAUGUACCCAACACGGAUGGACAUUACCCCUGUCAGUUUUGCGACAAGAUUUUUUUACUUGAUGAUCACCUCAGUGUCCACGUCAAGAUCGAGCACUCAGACGAUGGCUACCAUCCGAAUGAUAGGUCUUCGGAGUGGCAGCAACAUACUCCCAAUAGUUUUGACCUGCCCACAGAUAAUAAACUGGAUUCUAUAUUGCGUCCGCCCCCAAAAAGGAAGUAUCCGCCUCGGUCCCCUUUCUUCAAUCCAAACCUUUGGCUUGAUGCGGAGUCCUUUAUGUAGAGGAAAUCUAAGUAUAUUCUAGCCAUUCCUCAUGAUUUUCAUAUCAUUUAGAGCUCUUCGCCAAAAAGAAUGCAUGGUUCGAAGACAGUACAACACAUGUGCCUGCAAUCCUUAUAAAAAUAAAACGGAUUGCCUUAUGAUUUAAUUAAAA